GCCAUCUCAUCCCUGCGCACUUGCACCGCAUUGCACCAGCUUCCCGAGCCCCUCUCCUCCCCUCCUCCACCUUUCCGUCCAGCUGUACUCCGUAGGCUCGUAGCUGUGGCCUCUCCUCUCCGCCUGAGGUGUGCGCAUUUACCUGGCCCACCGUCCACCAUCUCAACCGCGAAAGAGAACCCCCAGCCGAGACGACCCUGGCCGACCAGGGUAUCAACCAUCGCCAACCCCUGUUUUUGGUGCCCGUUGCUGCUCUUCUCCCUCCAAAACUCUCACUGGAGCUGUGCGUCACGCCGUCACCCUCUCGAGAAUUUGCACAAGCUCGAGAGCGACCUUGCCAGGACGAAGAGAGGAACACGGAAGAACAGAGCAAACACGACAAGCGGAGCGUCUCGCAUCCAGGCCCAGACCGUACUUAGACCACUCCAGUCCUCCACAACCUCGAGCCUCCUUCUUCUACCUUGCUCUACUCUCCGAAUUGCUGCUACGAAUAUCGACAGAGUACUCCGUACCGAUACAGUCUGUUUGUUCCACCACAACCCACGCAUGCCCAGACUUUUCCAACCCCAUUCCUGA